AUGGAAGAGGCUGUAGAAAUGCAAGGAGCUGGAGAAAUGCAAGGAGCUGGAGAAAUGCAAGGAGCUGGAGAAAUACAAGGAGCUGGAAAUUUGCAUAAUAACAUAAUGGAGAAUGUUACUCAAAACCAACCUUCUUCAUUAACAUCUGGUGUUGGUGCAACUGAUGUUGCUGCCAAUGAAAUUCAUGUUGUUGGACUUCCUCCACUUGGAAAGAAGAGAAAACAAAAUGCUAAUGGUCCUAGGAAAUCCUCUCCUACUUGGGACCAUUUUAUUAAAUUGCCUAAUGAAAUUGAAGCAGUAGCUGCUUGCAAACACUGUCAUAAGAAAUAUUUGUGUGAUCCAAAAACCCAUGGGACAUCUAACAUGCUUGCUCAUACAAAAGUAUGUACCAAGAUGCCACAAAAUGAUCCUACUCAAACUGCCCUCUCCUUUGCCGGUGGAGAGGGUGGUGGCUUGGUUGCCGCAAGCCAACGAUUUAAUUUGGCAGCUUGUAGGAAGGCUAUUGCUCUCUUUGUGAUCCUAGAUGAACAUGCUUUUAGGGUAGUUGAAGGGGAAGGCUUUAAGUUGUUAUGCAAACAAUUACAACCCCAAUUAACUAUUCCAUCAAGGAGAACUGUGGCGAGGGAUUGUUUUCAACUUUUUGUUGAUGAAAAAGCAAGAUUGAAAGGUUAUUUCAAAUCUGAUUGCAAUAGGGUAGCCUUAACCACUGAUUGUUGGACAUCCAUUCAGAAUCUUAGUUAUAUGACCCUAACUGCACACUUCAUUAACAAUGAUUGGAAGUAUGAAAAUAGGAUUCUAAGUUUUUGUUUAGUUCUUAAUCAUAAGGGUGAGACAAUUGGUAGAAAAGUUGAAGAGAUUUUAAGGGAAUGGGGAAUAAGGAAUGUGUCCACAAUCACUGUGGACAACGCAACAUCUAAUGAUGUAGCUGUUGCUUAUUUGAAGAAGAGGAUUGAUAAUAUGGGCGGUUUAAUGAGUGAUGGAUCUUUCUUUCAUCUUCGUUGUUGUGCACACAUUUUAAAUCUGGUGGUUCGUGAUGGUUUAAAACAGAAUGAUUUAUCCAUUUCUGCCAUUAGAAAUGCUGUUAGAUUUGUUAGGUCAUCACCCCAAAGAUCUACAAAGUUCAAAGAAUGUAUUGAGUUUGCUAGAAUUAAUUGCAAGAAACUUCUCUGUCUAGAUGUUCCGACAAGGUGGAACUCAUGUUAUUUGAUGCUAGAUGCUGCUGAAAAGUAUCAAGCCGCAUUUGAGAAAAUGGAAGGUGAAGAUUUUAGCUAUUUGGAAUUUUUUGGAUUAGUUGGCCCCCCUACUCUUAAUGAUUGGGAGAAUGUUAGGUGUCUAGUAAGUUUUUUCAAAAUUUUCUAUGAUGCUACUAUGGAAUUUUCUUCGUCAAAACAAGUAUCCCUUCAUAAGUCAUUCCACCAACUAGCUUCAAUACAUUGUGAGCUUAAAAGAUCAUCCAUGAACUUGAACACAAAUUUAGCCUCAAUGGGAUAUGAAAUGAAGAAGAAGUAUGACAAAUAUUGGGGGGAAAUUGAAAACAUCAACAAGUUUAUUUAUUUUGGCGUGAUUCUUGACCCUAGAUACAAGUUAGGAUAUGUAGAGUGGUGUUUUAAUGAUAUGUAUAAUGGCGAGUCGGUGCCUUUUACUAAUAUGAUUAAUGUGAUAAAAAAGGAGUUGUUUAAACUAUUCAAUUGGUACAAGGGUAUACAUGAAAAGCAACAUGGACCCUCUACUAGUCCUAAUGAGGGUGGUUCAUUUGGUGAUGGUGUUCCUAAUGUUGAAGUUCCAUCUCAUUUUGCAAGGGUUGAAGCUUUUAAAGAGCACCUUAAACAAAAAGAUUCAAUAGAUAAAAAAAAUGAUCUUGAGAGGUAUCUAGAUGAUAAUUGUGCCGAUGAUUUUAACUUUGACAUCCUUAUGUGGUGGAAACAAAACUCUUGUAGAUACCCUAUUUUAUCAAAAAUGGUGAAGGAUGUUUUAGCUAGUCCAGUAUCCACUGUCGCUUCUGAAAGCACGUUUAGUACCGGGGGCAGAAUUCUAGACACAUAUAGAAGUUCACUAACCCCUGAAAUGGCAGAGGCUUUGAUUUGUGCACAGGACUGGUUGAAACCUACACUUAGUCAAUUCAAGGACUUGAAUAUAAAUGAAGAAUUUGAGUUGUCUGCCACUAUUGUUUCAGAAUUUGGUGGUCCCUCUACUAGUGGAUCAACAUCUGGUGAUGGAUCUAAUGCUGUUGGAAAUAGAAAUGAACCAGUUGCUGUUUGUUUUUUGGAGUCAUUUGUGAAAAUGACCUUAUUUUGGGCUACUGAUUAUUUUGAUGAUGGUUGUGCUUAUCUAUCAGCUAAUAUCCUCAACAGUUAUUUUUUUUGUGAUAAUAUAUCAACCAAUAGUCCUGAAGAGGUUUUUGAUGCUUUGAAGAAUCAGACUGUGGAUCUGGUUUUAACUGCUCAUCCUACGCAGUCGGUUCGUCGAUCUUUGCUGCAAAAGCAUGGAAGGUUUGUACUGUUUAUGGAAUUGUGGAUUACUGCAUAUUAUGCUGAAAAUGAUCACAAUGAAUUUGAAAACAGGUUAUCACAGAAGAGCGCGGCAUAG